AUGUUUUUAGAGGACAAAGUUCUGGAACUUGGGUUGUCGGUCGAGUCUGUGCGGGUGUCCUUCAAGUUGGAGAUCGAUUACGGGUAUUACCUGGGGACGACGAUUACGAUUGAAGAUGACAAUGUCCCUUGGGCAGCGGCAGGCUCCACGGCAACGAUUCAGCUAGUAUCCAUCGAUCCAGUUCAUCUGAAUAUCGGGAGCGUACUUUGUCCUCCCCAUGACCUCGUCCCAUUAGCAACGAUCUUUACUGCUCGAAUCAUUGUCUUCGACACUCAGAUACCUAUAACUUCAGGAACAUCGAUUGAGCUGUUUCACCAUUCGCGGGACGUGCCUGCUACCAUCUCGAACUUGAUUGCGACCAUCGAUCGAGCAAGUGGACAAAUAAUCAAAAAGAAACCACGUGUUCUUGCAAAGGGCGUCUCUGCCGAAGUACAGAUUGCACUACGUACAACGUCAUUAUCUGGCCCUUCUACAGCACGACCGAUUCCCUUACAGCCCUUCUCAGUUAGUAAAGACAUGGGAAGAGUGCUCCUGCGUCGAGAAGGUGAGACGAUUGGUGCAGGAAUUGUAUUAGAAAUCUUUGGGUAA